CGCUAGUAAUGACACCAGCAGCGGACAACAACGAAUGGUUAUCCCCAGUCCGCCUACCAACUCCAGGCAUGAUUCGCGUCCUGCCUUCCAAGGGUAUUAUUGCGGUGAACAGCAAGCUACACUAUCUUCAACUAUUAUGCUUUAAAACAAUUCAAACCAGUCUCAACAUACGGGUGGCAGCCAGUGCUUCAAGACUUCUGCAUACUGUACUUCAUUUGGAAAUCCCUCUGAUUAUAUUCAACAUCAUUUUAGACGACAUCAUCUUCGGUCGAGCCUCAAUACACCUGGCCUAAAAGCAUUUCAUCCGUGAUGGUUGUUCCGGCAAUUCCAGAGGUUGUCGAGGAAGACAUUCAAUCCUCCAUUGAUGCUCGAACGGAUGCCUUGCAAACACUUCGUGAAUUAGGUCCGCCAGACCUAGUUCAUCUUGUCAAACAGUCAACCAAGUCACAUGGAAACAAAAUCGGAGUCUAUCAUCAUGUCACCGGCAUCGAUGCUUCUUCAUCGGCAAGCUUAGCCGCCUACGUCAAUACGCUUACUUACAAUCCCAACGAGAAGAAUUACAAAGUGAUCUCUGGUACUUAUUGCUGCUAUAACGCCUUCUCGCGGGUAGACAUGAGAGUCCAGGUGACCAUACCGGGAACAGUUGAAAGCUAUUGCAUCGAUGAGAAGGGCGACAAACGCGUGGCAACAGAUAGCUUGUGGCUUGAAACCUAUCUUUGUGGUGUGUUAAGAGCAUACUCCUAUGCCGACGAUGGAACUGGAGAUAUAAUUAGGAGAAUCAUUGGGUUGCGAAGAUUUAAUCCGAUUACAAGUACGGAAUCUGAGCAUAGAUUCCUCGAUGCGGCCGAGCGACUCUUCUUCAAAGGCUGGCAAUUGGGAUCUGACCCUGAAAUACAAGUACCGAAUAUGGUGUCGAACCACCUGACAGCUGGCCUAUUGAACUACAUUCGCACUACUGGCCGGUUUGCGUCCGGCAUCAACCUCUUUGAGAAACUUCGGACUCGUGACAUUGAGGUUUCGUCGCUUCUGGCAAGAGUCCUCAUUGCCGCCGAUGAGGAGGUUCGUGCAGUAGCACUUCUGUAUGAAGCGGUUCAGGAAAUUCCCAUGGAUUAUUCAUUACUGGACUGUCAGGCCGAGUUCCUAAUGAAGAAAGGCAGAGCCGAUCUUGCACUUGAAUGCGCGAAACGGAGUGUCAUUUCUGCACCGAGUGAAUUUGGAACCUGGGCCCGCUUAGCAGAAGUCUACAUAAGCCUGGAGCAAUGGGAUCUUGCGCUCUUGACACUUAAUUCGUGUCCAAUGUUUACUUACCAAGACAAAGAUGCCCCUCGGCUUCCUGAACCAUCCCGUAUAAUCCUGCCAGUCCUUCCGGAGAGCAUGCUGGACGAACUUGAUGAUUCGCCAGCUGAGAAUGAGACGGAACUUGUCCACCCAAGCCUCCGCAAACUGCAUGCCGCCAAUUAUAAAGGGACUUUUCUCAAAGCAUACAGUCUAUUAACCGAAAUAACAGCAAAGAUUGGCUGGGAUCAGCUCUUGAAGAUUCGAAGUACCGUCUUUGUGAUGGAAGAGGAAUACAGAAGCGAAAAACAAACGCAUUCUAGAAGCGCGAGCAAUACCGCUCUGAGGGGCACUCCAAGCCCCAAAGAGAACGAGGAACUGCAAAAUGGGGCGACCAACGGCGCGGAAGCUCCAAAUGGUGUGCCUGAAUCAGGCGGCAACCACGAAGAAUCUCCAGAAAGGCCAGAGCAUACCGUCACGUCAGAGGAAGUCAAGGCGGGCACUGAAGAUCCUGAUCCGUCGCAUUCGAAAUAUACACAGUUUCACCAUAAGAGACUUUGCGAGCGGUGGCUAGACAAUCUUUUCAUGGUUCUCUAUGAGGAUCUUCGUGUGUAUACGAUUUGGCGCACAGAGAUGACCCAGUCUCGGCAGCAGCAGCUUCAGUACAAAAAGUCAGGAGAAGAGUGGGAAAUACUUGGAGAACUUGCCGAACGGUUGCACCACUUUGACGAGGCGAUUGAAGCGUAUCAAGCUUGCUUGAGUAUCCGCUUCAGUCCCAAGGCAAUGAAAGCAGUCUUGACCAUGUACGAGAAGCAGGGUGAUGGCAGACUGAUGCUCCAAGCGUUGAUUCGCCUGGUAGCAUGGCAGUACCGGUGGUAUGCAGAGUUUUCUCCAUUGCUUCUCUACACUAUCCGCAAGCUUAUCGAAGAUGAAGGUGCAGUCAAGGUUAGAAGCAUUGUCCAAGCCACUAACCUGCCGCAAUCCGUCCUUGACCUCACCCAUCAUUACGCAGCGCUUUGUGCAGCGUUCCGAAGUACCGGCAGCGAUGGCUGAGUGCGGUUGGGAAUGCGCGGCGUCAAGAUCACGAGACCAUAAUAAAACCGUGAAUCUGCCACGCCAUCUUACUUCCCAUUAAAUCUCCACAUGACAUAGCUAAUUGUUCUUCUGUAUGUGUGCUCGGCGGAAUUUUUUUUGGAAUUCACCUGCGCAUCGUGGUUCGUCCGGCGCAAGGUAUUUUUUUCGUAUGGGGGCCGAUCUCCUCAUGCCGCGAUUGAUAUAUUGCAUACUAUGUAAUCGGCUAGAUUCAUCGGAUACCUGAUUUCCUUUGCCUGCAAAUAAAAGCGCAUUUGUGGCGAGAAUUGCUCUCUCUACAUUUUAUAUAGUGGCGCCAACAAAGCCCAAAACGGCAAGCUAUACAUUCUACCCUUGAUCGGCUACCUAUGUUUUCGUUGAUUCUGGACCACAGCAAGAAGGAUUUCCAUAGAGACUAGCUAUAUAUCUAUUAAUUUCUUACGAUAACGCGAGC